ACCUCGAUAACUUGCUUUCUUUGACCCGGCCGGGCGCCCAUCCCGACCCGGCGGGUCUCGGUGCCGCCGCUCCGAGCAGGGGCGGUCCCGGCGGCUCCCGGUGCCGCCAUUCGGAGCGCGGGGCGGGGUCGGCGCUGAGGGGUCGCCCAUGGCGGGCGCGGGCGGGCCCGGGGCCGCAUCGGCCCUCUCGGCCCUCUCGGCGUCCUGCCCGAGCCGCGGCUCCUCCACGCCGCGCGCGGUCGGGCGGGCGGAGCGGACGCCCCGCUACACCCUGGGGCUGCUGCAGACGCCGCGCAGCUCGGACAGCACCGGCGGCUCCUCAGGCGGCGCGGCGCGGCCGGGCAACUCCAGCGGGGAAGGCCUCGCUCCCGGGCUCGCCGCCGGGAGCAGCGGGGCGAAGGCGGCAGUUUCCGAUAGAGGAGAAUCAUAUUUUGGGGACAAAAGUUCUUGUAUAGAAAAUGCUAACACACUGAAUCUCACAACUUCUUCUUCUGUGCGAGGCCUGAAUAGCACAUGUAUUGGAAAAACACCCCUCUCUUCCAGCAGAUCUGUUUGCAGAAGCCAUACGCCUCUUAUGGGAUAUUCCGUUACAUCCUCAUCUGCAGUCUCUGCUCACAGUGUUGCAUCAGUUAUUGUAGCUGUAGUAGAAGGAAGAGGCCUUGCCAGAGGUGAAGUCGGAAUGGCCAGUAUUGACUUAAAAAAUCCUGAGAUGAUAUUAUCACAAUUUGCAGACAAUACAACUUAUGCCAAGGUUAUUACUAAACUCAAGAUUUUAACACCAUUAGAAAUAAUAAUGUCAAACACUGCUUGUGAUGCAGGGAACACAACAAAACUCUUCAGUCUGAUUACAGAGCAUUUCAAGAAUGUGACUUUUACAACUGUCCAAAGAAAGUACUUCAAUGAAACAAAGGGUUUGGAAUACAUAGAACAAUUGUGUGCGUCUGAAUUUAGCACCGUUUUCAUGGAGGUUCAAUCAAAGUAUUACUGUCUUGCAGCUGCUUCAGCUUUGCUAAAAUAUGUUGAAUUUAUUCAAAAUUCCGUUUAUGCUCCUAAAUCACUCAAGGUGCGUUUCCAGGGGAGUGAGAAAACAGCUAUGAUAGAUUCAUCAUCAGCACAAAAUCUUGAACUAGUAAUUAAUAACAGAGAUUCUCGGAAUGGUCACACACUUUUUGGGAUCCUAAAUUACACUAAAACUCCUGGUGGAAGUCGAAGACUGAGGUCCAAUAUCCUGGAACCUCUGGUUGAUGCUGAAACAAUUAACAUGAGACUGGACUGUGUUCAGGAAUUACUCCAGGAUGAGGAGCUCUUUUUUGGUCUUCAAGCAGUUAUCUCAAAAUUCCUGGAUACAGAACAACUACUUUCAGUUUUGGUACAAAUUCCAAAGCAGGAUACGAUCCUUAGAAGUUCGUUCAGCAUUCAACUUUUGGUAGAGAUGAGGACCACCUACUUUGGAUUACUUGAUUACCCAUCUGAAGAACAAGUUCAGCAGAUUUUGUGCCUGACAAAGUUCCGGGUUAAAACUGCUGAAUCAAAAAUAACCAAUUUAAUCUACCUGAAGCAUACUUUAGAACUUGUGGAGCCUCUGAAAGCUGCUUUAAGAAGCUGUAACACACAGCUGCUAAAGGCUUAUUACAAUUCUCUUGAAGAUACAAGAUUUGGAAUCAUGCUUGAAAAGAUUACAACUGUAAUUAAUGAUGAUACAAGAUACACAAAAGGAUGUCUGAGUAUGAGGACCCAGAAGUGCUAUGCUGUCAAGCCUAACAUCAAUGAAUUUCUUGACGUAGCUCGUAGAACAUACACAGAAAUCAUUGAUGACAUAGCAGGUAUGAUAACGCAACUUGCAGAAAAGUACAACCUACCAUUGAAAACCAGUUUCAGCUCUGCUCGUGGAUUUUUUAUCCAGAUGAAUGCUGAUUGUUCAAUGUUACCCAAUGGCCAGCUUCCCUCAGAAUUUACAAAGAUCACUAAAAUGAAGAAUACAUAUAGCUUCACUUCGGCAGAUUUAAUAAAAAUGAAUGAAAGAUGUCAGGAGUCCCUGAGAGAAAUAUAUCACAUGACCUACUUAAUAGUGUGUAAACUACUGAGUGAGAUCUAUGAACAUAUUCAUUGCCUGUACAAGCUGUCUGACAUUGUGUCUAUGCUGGAUAUGCUGCUUUCCUUUGCCCAUGCCUGCACUCUUUCGGAUUAUGUUCGUCCAGAAUUUACGGAUACUUUAGCAAUCAAGCAGGGAUGGCAUCCCAUUCUUGAAAAGAUAGCUGUGGAAAAACCUGUGGCUAACAACACGUAUCUGACAGAGGGCAACAAUUUUGUCAUUAUUACAGGACCAAAUAUGAGUGGAAAAUCAACAUACCUAAAACAGAUUGCACUCUGUCAAAUUAUGGCACAGAUUGGUUCUUACGUCCCAGCAGAGUAUUGUUCUUUUCGAAUUGCAGAGCAGAUUUUUACCAGAAUAGGUAUGGAUGAUGAUAUAGAAACAAAUGCAUCAACAUUCACGAAGGAAAUGAAAGAGAUAACGUACAUCGUACAAAAUGCUAAUGAUAAAUCACUCAUCAUAAUUGAUGAACUUGGCAGAGGUACCAGUGCUGAAGAAGGUAUUGGCAUUUGUUAUGCUACCUGUGAAUAUCUGUUGAAUUUAAAGGCAUUUACACUGUUUGCUACACAUUUCCUGGAACUGUGUCAUAUGGAUGCUUUGUAUCCCAAUGUGGAAAAUUACCAUUUUGAAGUGCAACAUGUGAGAAGCAGUGCUGGAAAUAAGGAGAAAAUUGCCUACACUUACACACUUUCUAAAGGAUACACAGAGGAAAAGAACUAUGGACUAAAAGCUGCAGAAGUUUCCUCCCUACCAUCAUCUGUAAUUUUGGAUGCAAAGGAAAUCACAAAUCAUAUUGCAAAACAAAUUUUGCACAGGCAGAAGAGCACUCCUGAGAUGAUGAAACAGAGAGCUGCGUACCAUUUAGCAAUGAGAUUGGUUCAGACUGCCAGAAACUCUCGAUUGGACCCCGACAGUUUGCGUAUAUAUUUGAAAGGCCUGAAGAAAAAGUAUGAAGCCAGUUGUCCUGCACCUGGAAAAAAUGAUGAGCAACAGUAAUGUGUAACAAAGGCUGUUGCUCUAAUUUUUACAACUGCAAGAUGAUUCUGGUUUUUCCCCCAUAGUAUUAGAAAACACUUUUCACAUGGUUUUAAAUUUUUAAUUCUUAGUCUAAAUUAUACUCACUAGUGGAAGACCAUAUCCUUUUUGGUUUUUUUCCCCAAAGCAUACCUGGAAUAAAAGCAUUUACUUCUAUGAGGAACACAAUUCUUUUCGACAGUAAAUUAUAUAAUUUUAGUUAUUUUAGAGACCAAAAAAGUUAUAUAAUAUUUAGUGUUUUAUAGAUGAUAUAUCUGUUACUACAGUUUUUACAUCUGAUACAAAAGAUCUUGCCUAAGAAAAAGCAUUUUGAAAGAGAUGGUCCACUUGUCCUGCAUAGGCAAGCUCUACUUGCACUGUUGAACAUGCAUCCAGAAAUCCUGUUGUUCCCUAGUCAAGGAGGGUUCUAACUCCUGAGUCAUUGUGUGUAAUCUAAUGUAAUAUAGGCAGUACAAGUCUGCUGCCCCUCGAGAAUUGGGCAACCAGAGCAUUUUUGUAACACAG